UAGGUUUUGGAAAGACUGGAGCGCGUUUUAUUUUCUAGGUCUGAGCGGAGAGCGCGCGCGUCUUUUUGUUCCAUUCACCUGAAUAGAAGGCGCGUGCUUCCUAUUGUUCAAUUAGUCUGAAUAGUCUCCCAUUCAUCGCUCGGCUCUGCCUGCUCGAUUUCUUUUCCUUAUCCUCCUCCACGUAGCGCAAGUAUAAAGAUCUUCUCUUUCUUUGUGCUUCCGACCAUUACAUGCACACUUCAAUCGCACCAGAAUUUCUUCUGAUAGCCUCCGUGAUCAUCAUGUCGUCCGCGGCUUCCGCCAGCUCUGACCCCGCCGACCCCGACCAUUCAGAGGUCACUAUCGAAGCCUCAGGCCCCUACCAGCCUAUUAUGGCCGCGGUUCGCCCUUACGAUCUCUCACGGGUAUUCUUCACAAGGCUAGCAUUUAACUUACAGUUCACCCGACAAUUUAACCAAGUUUGGCAAGACGAUACGCUUUGGGAGCACGUCAACCAGGACGAGGCCUUAACUACCAUGGCCAACGCACUCCUAGGCCUGAGAAACAACGAUGGCCAGACGGUUAGCGAUGAUAGGAGUGAGAUUACGAUAAUGAGGAUAGCGAUAGCCAUGACGAGGACGAUACUGACGACGAGGACGAUAACGACGACGAGGACGAUAACGACGCCGAGGAUGAUGACGACAGCGACGAGGACAACGACGAUGAAAUGUUUAACGCGAACGACCCCAACGCCCCGGUCGGUAUAAAUCUUCAUAUUAGCGAUAGCUUCACUAUCAACGGCCUUGAGCGCCUCCGAGCCGCCGCGUGUAACGCCCUUACCGGCCUCGUUGUUAUGGCGAUCCACCAAAACUCGAGCGUUCCCCACACCUUGACCG